AUGGAGGAGGAAGAAAAUAACCAGCUGGCAUUCCUUGAUGUCCUCGUCUGUCGCAAAGAUUUUGGUGACCUAAAGACCAAAGUUUUCAGAAAAAGCGACGAACACGACGCUAAUACUGAACUUCAACAGCAACCACCCAAUCAUCCACAAACGCAGUUGCGUAAGAACGCUAUAUCGGCGUGUUGAGACGCACUGCAGUGAACCGGAGGACAAGGUUGUCGAAUCCUAAUAUCUUCGACGGGUUUUCAAAAAAAUGGUUACCCGCGCAACUUCGUCAAUCGGUGAAUGCGCAAACGAGACGAGCGAAAAAAUCGUGUCGACCCCAAAUUCUGGCAAGCGAUCCCGUACACCAAGAACGUCUCCGAGACCGUUAGUAGCCUUUUCGCAUCACUUGGGGUUGGAGUUGCACACAGACCGGAGGCCACCAUAAGGCUUCAGGUGGUGAGACCAAAAAGCCCACUGCCACAGCAAGAAACAUCUGGAGUUGUUUACCGGAUCUGGUGCAGAUGGGGACAAAGCAACUACUUCGGAGAAACUAGAAGACUUCCGGACGCGAAUUGCCCAACACGCGGCAGCGGUACAGAGAAAUGACGCCAACUCUCAGGUCGCGACCCAUUCAACGAGACCUGGCCACACAGUCAAGUUCGAUAUGGCCGAAAUUCUCGCGAGAGGGGAUAAUCGCGUGAGCCGCAAAUUGCUUGCAUCCUAUAAAUACUACAACUUCCUGUGCACGAAUCACCCGCAUCUGUCAUUGUCUCUGAUGAUGGGUCCAAGCGAGAGCCCGAAACGUCAGGCGAAUAAAGCCCUUGUUCCAGCGAUCGUUUCUACUUCCUAUCAACUAGGUCCUGGAACUCGCAUCUUUGCUUCUAUCGGCAGCUUAGCAGUGCCUCCAAGGCAGUAGGCGCUCAAUGAGCCGUGAAAGGUUGGAUUAUUAACCUGCCACCUACUCGCCUAAAGUAUGUAUAGACUUACAGUUAGUGACCUAUCUCAUGAUAUGUUGGCCGAGAUUCUGAAAUGCGUUUUAGAUUAGGAAGGAUUACUACGGUGGAGCUGUAGUACUGAUUAUCAUGCGGCAUAAUCCCAUAAUGUUCCGGACUCGUCGGGAUAGUGGCUUUUGGCAACACUUCCUUUUGACCUGUAGAUCCACAGUCUGCAAAAUAUAAUUACUUAAUUAGUACGCAAUUUGCACAUUGAUUUCGAUGGUCUAAUAAACUCAAGUAUAUAUUUAUCGAAAACAUAUGCAAAAUAUGUUUUCCCAUACUCAUUUGGUAGGAAAUCAUGUCUUCUUUAUAUAUUCUAUUCGAAGAAAGGGUGUAUUUGGGUUUUGAAAAGUCCUCUUAUCCCCGAAUAACUUCGAGCCAAAUCAGCCGUUGCCUUAUCGUGUAGCGAUUUCAGUCUGCAAGGUGUAUACUUGCUUCAUUGAGAAAAUCACAUAUUCCUCCGUGCCUUUGAGAAGGAAUCGUGUGGUGUUCAUGAAAUUUUGCAAUAGGUACAGACUGUGUCGUAGGCUUUUUGAGCAGCAUUAAUAAACGGGCAUAUAGGAUGCUGUAUGAAUCGACAUUUCACAGACUUGAAAAAUUUCCUGAUUGGAAGCUUUUUGAAACCGAAAGGUACUUUUUCUUCAGGUAUAAAAUACGAAAAAGACGUGAUUUGUCACCGAACGAGUAAAAGAGCAGAAUAUUUUCACUUGAUGUGAUCCCGACCGGUCUUUAAUAAAAAAUAUUAUCAUCAUUAUUAUUAAUAACGAAAAUCCUAUCGAGCGUGUUCGAUCAAUCUUUCGUGAGUUUUGUGGAAUACCAAGUAUUCGGCCAAGGAAUCGAAGAAUGCAGUAUAACGGAAACGGUUGAAGUACACUCCGUAUAUAAUUACGAACAUUUUGUAGAGAUCUGGAAUCUAACCGUUCUCUCUAAGGCUUACAACAUAUACCAAUAAUAAAUCAUUUUCGGGCCAUUUUGCGGAGUAGCUCCGUCACUCUGUUUGGAUAGUCGAGGGACCAACAACCUCCAAUCACGACACGCCUUACGUGUUUACCGAUCCAAUAGGCCUGGGUUCAAGCUCCAGUUUUGCCGGCACCCGGAACUAUGGGAUCAUCGGCUGACGACUGCAAAUAGGUCGACAAUAGUUAUUAUAGUUUUCCCUGUCCUUAUCGGAAACACUAGUCGAUUGUCGAAUUCUAGUCGCCAUGAGGCCGCCUGCGUGGAAUCUAAAUCCGAAACUCCAAGAUAAAACGAAAAUGCCCAUUUCUCUCCUAUAAUCAGGACGCAUCGACAAGUGCCACCCGGAUGGGAUAUUGCAUGUAUCCAUUUGAAGCCGACAGGAUGCAAGCCCGGUCUCACAGGCGAACCCGGUAGAACGCCGGUAUCGUAGGUGAACUCGGGGAUUCCCCUGAGGCGUGUCAGCUCACGGUUUCAGGGGAUCACUGGUGGAUGAAGCAAAGCAAGUCAGAAAUGGCCAUGGCAAUCACCACUGACUUUGUCAACAGCAAUUCUCUGUCAAGGUUAUCAUGUCGAAAACGGAUCGAUAUCCUGUCUUCCCUGUGAACGAGUUCAUAUGACUGUUUACUGUUACACAGACUUCUGCUUUUCCGCCUUUGCUUAAGAAAUCCGCAUUGUCCGACGGAAAUUAAAGCGACAACUCCCCGCGAAGCAUUUACACAACUUUUGGAGUCUUUAGGCCUUUUCAGUCGGGGCUGGAAUUUGCCUACCGUAGAUCGAGCUUUGUUGCACGCAUACUGCUUACAAUGCUUUCCAGUUUGAAAUUCUGGAAGGAAAUAUUCGAAAGACAGUUUCAUCUUUUUACUCAAAUUAUCCUCAUUUCUCUUCAAGUACCUGAAUGCAGGAGGACCUAACAGUUCCUCGCUAUGGAAAAUAUGAUUAUGUAUCGACACCCCUUCCCUUAUAUUCUCACACUCUUAAUCGCCAGUCAUAUUCUGCCGGUCCGAAAAGUGGUCCUUUGAAUUCCCUGACAAACGUUCUCGGUUGGAAAUGAAGGCCCUCUCCUCAGGAAUAAGUGGGAAAGCAGAAGGUAUGACGAAUUAGUGGUCCUCUGUUGUCGAACAUGCACAGCGGACCCUGGUAUGCGCGUCCCACCACAUAACCGAACAUGAAUGGGUACGAGAGUCUAGCUUUGAGUCCGCUCGAACAUGGGUGUGGAUCAGUAACCAAAGGCUCAACGCAUAGAUCAGGCUUGUGAGUGGACACAGUCACAUAAGAUAUCUCCGUCGUUUACCGAUUCCCAGUCACAGAAGAAAACGUCCGGACCGACUUAUCCUGUGAUAUGCAUGGUUGAGUUCAUGCUACAGCAGCGUGGCUUGAACGAAUGAAUACUCGCACCGAAUACUACACCUGGGCUAAUAGGGCCCUACAGAUGCUACGCAAUCGUAGUAAGUAGCGAUUAUUAUUUAUUCUUUGAUGCAAACUGCGGACAUACGAAGACUGAACGGCCAUCCCAAGGCGUAAAUCUGUUUGGUUAUGUGAGCUUUGUAUUUCCAUAGUCUGUACUGAAUAAAGGAGGACAAUUGCCACGCCUUUAAAUACGAAGAGUAGACUUACUCAGUAAUUCAUGGGGAUGGCGAUUCAAUUCCUUCACUGGGAGCAACAUGGACAAGCGGAAGAAGUCAUCUAUUUAUCCAUUAUAGUACUACUGUAAUAGCUAUGAGUGCUUCGAGUUGACAAUGUCUUGCCUCCUAGUCCAUACUCUCUUUAACUCUUCAAAAAGAAACUGAUAUCUGCUUGAUCGUUUGACUCACUCGAUAGCCGGAGUUCAGACAUGCUUAACCGGUUUCGGUGUCACAAUGAUGGACUGAAGGAACAACGCGAACGUCCUCAACACCGCCAUCACAUGGAGGCCAAAGUCCUGUCGCGUGCGAAGAUGGUGGGAACUGUUGGAAGGAGUGAUAUGACCUUCCUCACAACUGGCCAGGAACACUCAGCCAUGCAUCUCGUUGAAAAAACCUUUCCCUUCUGGUCGAUCAAGUUUCGUCCAAACGGUCAUCACGGGAAUUGACAUAUCCUGUUUCUUCUUUGGCUUUGUUCCUACGAAGAGGUCUGGAAUUGAGCAGGUGAUAUCGCUCUUAAACUCGAACAGCGCCGUACGUCAUCAAGUCGUAUUGACGAAGCAAAUGCUGCAAGCAGUGUCUGCCAAGCCUAUUUAAGGCAUCGCAAGAAGGUUUAUUGUGGGAAGAUCCAUGCGGUCGGAGAGAUUAUAUUGCUUCGCGCGUUCUUGAGGCGCCUCAAUCAUCAGACCAAGCCCCGACUGUCAGAAGAAGAUGGAAGACACCAGAAUGUGUACAGAACUCAGAGUUGCUGUCGCAAGCGGAAGCGGCUAUAAACAGGACCAGGGCUUGUGUUGACGGUACCCCUAAAACGGGCCACGCGGUAGAUGCAUAUAGAAAUGUAUGAUUUUCAGUACAAGGAAAAUAUACAGUUUGUAGUUUUGAAACCCUCACUGUUAGUGUAACGGCAGGUUCGGUCAAAAAUUAGUCGGGAAUUGGAAACAUUUUUCAAAAUCGAAUCGUACCAUUUGUUCAAGUAUCAAGUUUGAAGGAGAUAUAAUUUCCGACGAAGUGAUUAAAAAAUGAAUAUUUUUAUGGAUUUUUUCUAUGAGAUAUAUUUGAAUAUAUUAGGGCAUCAAAAGCCAAUGAGAAAAAUGCAUGCUACAUAAGUAGUCAUUUUUUUUACAGGGUUUGGUUUUUACAGGAUGUCGGAAAGAAGUUCAUUCAAAAGCUGGCAUCAGGAAGUAAUUUAAUUAUCAUGGGACUGUGCUGCAUGACGCUUAGUGUUACAACCCUCCUUAAGUAGUCUUUCCGAGUCGAAAAGGGUUUUCAGGAUUUCGGCUAACAUUUCCUCAGUUAGAGCAUCUACUAUAGGUGCUGCUUUUCGUCCUGUCAGCCACCUGCACCCUCUCCCGCCUCCGAUCUUCUUGCCUUGACCAUGAUACCGAGUCCAGAUAGAGGCUGAGGAGAGAUUGCGGUAGAUGUUGCGUAAGCCUACUACCACUAUGGAUUAAAUCAUGCGAAAGUCAUCGUCCUUGCUCUCACCCUACUAUGGAGCACACGGUGGAGAUCGUCAGUCACGACCGGCGAAUGGUUGUGUGUGUGUGUGUGUGUUUUGAGCCCCUGUGGAGGUACAGUAGGUGGGCUAACUCAUGAAAUGUCAACCGAAAUUCCGAAAUGCGUUUUCGUUUCGAAAAAAUUAAUUAAGUAGGAUUGGAAAACUAAUCACUAAGCAGAAUAAUUCUAUAAUAAUUCAGUUACACCAGGAUGCUGGCUUUCGAACUAACUUCUUUCUGGCAGCAUGCAAAACUAUACUCUGAAAAAAAUUAUUACUUAUUUAGCAUACAUUUUUCUUAUUGAUUUUCGAUACCCUUAAAUAUUCAAUUAUAUUUCAUGGAAACCAUGCUUAAAAUAUUCAUUUUUCUACUCAUUCGGUAGACAGUUACGUCCUCUUCCAAUUUUAUACUCAAGAAAAAAUCUAAUUCGGUUUUCAAAAAGUUUUCCGAUUCCCGAAUAAUUCUGAACCGACCUGCCGUUACACUCGCAUUCAGGGUUUCAAAACUACAAGCCGUAUAUUUUCCGUGUAUGGUAUUAAGUGGACACCAUAUGGGGUUCAUAAAUUAAGCAGUGGAUUUGAGUCAUGUUGUCAACUUUACGAGACAGAAGUCAGUUGAGUAGCUGCAGAUAAGCGCGUCUGGGUCAAGGUGGUGUCGUUUGCAGCAGGAGCUUUUGCGGUGAAACUGAGUGCCCUUAAACUUUUGAAGUCCCGAAGCAAAUAAUGUGAUUAUGACAGUCGGUCACAGCUCCCAGACAGACGGAUAGGGUCAGUACAAGGUGACCGGGCAUUGGCCUUUUCAUAAAAAAGGACUUCUCUAUGUCCAGUUAAGGACGACAUUUUGUGAUGGUUAUGCCCAGUUCUUGCGUUUAUGGCCAGAAGGAGGGUCAUAUGGCCGACUACUUCAUACAGUAAUGGCGCGGAAAAGGGAACACCGAAGAGUGGACUAGCCUGCUCGAAAAUUCGUUCGCUAUUUAAAAUGCCAAAAACCUUACCUCUGUCCAGUAACCGACCGCCAUAACUGCGCCUCCCGUCGUCUUUGUUCAAAACCUCGCUGCGUCAAGGUUACUAGGCCUUCGUAAAUUGUCUGACCGACACAAGUGCGAACGCACGCAUGCGCACCCUGGCAACCUGCUUGUCUCAUGUAAUCCAAAUUCCACUUGGACACUCGACACUUGAAUUGCCCAUCCUCCCUCGGUAAUUCAACCGUCGAUAACACCGGCUGCACAACAAGUGCAUGCAGCACCGGAGACUUGUGCCUGAAUUUUUUUAUAGUGAAGGGAACAGACUGGCGCGUAGUCUACCGCACUCUCUAUCCUUUUACCAUGCUUGCUCCGAUGGCAAGACGAUGUAUGGAGGUGGAUCCUGAGCCACCCAAAGUGGCCUCGCGGCUGACCCAACACGGGGUCUACAUUGGAUUCUGGCAAGCUUUAUCGGGAAUGUGCGCCAUAACAAAUACCAACACGCUGGGUGCAGAGCUCGGUCCAGCUACCGAUCCACGUCGCGCCAACUGGGAUCCCUACCGUCCCCCAUUGUUGUUGUUGGUUAAAAUCCUGGUCCAGUGUUUGUUGUGGACUAGUGUGUGUGGAGUGGUACGCCUAGGUGCGGGUCCGGCCGCGCCGUCCACUUGCGCCCUCCCUCGCCUCCGGUCUUCUUAACUAGGUUUUGACACCAGGUCCAGGUGGGGAAGAGGAGGAGGAGGAGGAGGAGGAGGAGGAGGAGGAGGAGGGAAGAGUGCGGCAGAUUCAGCGCCAGUCUACUCUCACCAUAAACUAA